AGUACUCUCAUACGUUCAGUCAUCACAGAACAGCAGCGUUAGCUGCUCCACAAAUUUACUUCAUCACCUCAACUGAUCAACAAAUAUCUCCCGAUUCAUUAAGCCAUUGGCUUAUUCGCCGCUGCUGAUUGAUUACACAUAUUGAAUACCAAGUUUUUAAUUUUUCUUUUCAAGGUAUUAACUCAGUCAGUGAUCGAGAUAAACUGGAAUACGUGAUUUAACAUUGUGAUCAGUGGAUAUUCUGUCACUCUAAUGACGGAAUAUUAUCAAAUCGGUCUCACGGCCGUAGCGGCAUUCAUUGCCGUCUACCUUUCCACCGGAAGUCGAUGGCGUACUUUGUAUAUCAUUGGCAAAACAUUGCCAAGAGAUCUUCUAGGAGGCUACAGGUUCCUGAAGAUAAAUAUACUGCUCUGGUACUGGGAGAAACGAGGUUUCACAGUUGCAAAAUUAUUUGCGAAACAAGUAGAGAAGAACCCAGAUAAAAUUGUCUUCAUCUUUGAGGAUCAGCGAUGGACAUAUGGGCAGUUGGAUGACUACAGCAACCGCCUCGCCCGGUACAUCCGCACUCAGCCAAUGUCUCGUGGCGAUAGUGUUGUAGUGAUAAUGGAAAAUCGUCCGGAGUAUGUGGGGACCUGGUUAGGAUUAAGCAAAGCGGGAUUUGUCGGCGCUCUUGUCAAUACCAACCUUAGAAAAGAUGUGUUAAUUCACAGUAUUAAAACUGCUAAUUGCAAAUCCAUUAUUUUUGGAGCUGAACUGAAAGACGCCAUUGAGGAGAUCAAAGAGAAAAUCCCAGAUAUUGGUCUAUACCAGAGCUCGGAGAAGCCAAAUACCCCAGUCCUCCAAGGAGCUGUUGAUCUGAAUAAAUCAAUGGCAGAUGUUUCUCCUGCAGCUGUGGAAGUUGAUCUUUCAUUAGGAUGUCCCAGAGAUAAACUCAUAUACAUUUAUACGUCAGGAACAACGGGAAUGCCCAAGGCCGCUGUUAUCAAUAACUUGAGGUACAUGCUGAUGUCUUGUGGUGUAUACUACAUGCUUGGCCUUGAUCACACGGAUCGAGUUUACGAUCCACUGCCACUUUAUCAUACGGCCGGUGGAGUUAUUGGAGUUGGACCUGCUCUUUGCGUUGGAAUCACGGUUGUACUUAGGCGAAAGUUUAGUGCUUCCAAAUUUUGGGCUGAUUGCAUUGAACAUAAAUGCACUGUUGCUCAAUACAUUGGUGAAAUAUGCAGAUUUCUGCUGUCCCUUCCACCAAGUCCGAAUGACACUGCCCAUAACAUUCGUUUGAUGUACGGAAAUGGAUUGAGACCACAAAUAUGGGAAUCCUUUGUGAAACGCUUCAACGUUGGACAGAUUGGAGAAUUCUACGGAGCUACUGAAGGGAAUUCAAACUUAGUGAAUAUCGACAACAGACCCGGAGCUGUUGGCUUCGUCCCAAGGUUCGGUGACGCUCUGUACCGAGUUGCUCUUUUAAGAAUUGAUGAUGAGACGGGAGAGCCUGUGAGAGGUUCCGAUGGUUUAUGUAUUAGAUGCAAGCCAGAUGAACCGGGAAUAUUUGUGGGGAAAAUAAAUCCGAAGAAGGCGGUUCACGAUUUUCGUGGCUAUGCAGAUGAAAAGGAAUCAGAAAAAAAAAUCAUCAGAGAUGUUUUUAAGAAAGGGGACCGUUUCUUCAAUUCUGGGGAUAUUCUUGUGAUGGAUGAGCUCGGUUAUUUCUAUUUCAAGGACAGACGAGGAGAUACGUUUAGGUGGAAAGGCGAAAACGUAGCUACAGCUGAAGUUGAAGGGGUUAUAAGUAAUAUAAUUGGUCUCCGAGACAGCGUAGUCUACGGAGUAGAGGUACCCGGCAACGAGGGUAAAGCUGGAAUGGUUGCAAUUUACGAUCCCAACCAGACUCUGAGUCUUCAAGAAUUAGCCGAUGGAUUAAAAAAAUUGUUACCUGCAUAUUCUAGACCGUUGUUCGUCAGGGUUGUAGCGGAAUUACCAUUAACCGGUACAUAUAAAUUGAAAAAAGGAGAUCUUCAAGUGGAGGGCUUCGACGUUAGCAAGAUUAAAGAUCCGGUGUACUUCUUGGAAAAGUCGGGUAAUUACGUACGAUUAACUGAGCAACUGCAUCACGAUUUACUUGAGGAGAAAAUUCGUGUCUAAAUUAAAAGGACGAGAGUUACAGGACAAAAUUAAUUGUGAAUCUUCGGGAGCAUUUGAACAAUUUGUGAACCCAGUUAUUGUUAUGUGGCCAAUUUAAAAUCGCAGAAUAUUUCAUUAGGCAUAAAGGUAUUUAAACAAUUAUUGAUUCAUGUGUUGCGCUGUUGAUUGUUGCGGAAUGAGGGAGGUUGGGGUUGUUUGCAAAGAGCAUCAUAGUCUUUAAAGCUAAAGAGAUAUUUAUUGUUGAUUUUUUGAAUUUUCAAUCAUACUGGAAUCACGUUUGAUGAGCUGUAUAGUAUAUCGCGAGGAGUGAGAAAUAUCGUGCAAAGUUAGGAUAUGUAUCCAUUUUUAUUCAUUUAGCAUACUAUUUAGAGAUAAUUUAUAUGAAUCACCAAUGAGAUUAAAAAGAGCUUACGCAAUUAUUCGCAAGUUCAAAUAUAUAGAAGACUAUAACUACAGAAUGUACCGUGACUGAAUCAUUAACUAGGCUACGUCCACUCGUAUUGUACCGUUGAAUAAAAAAAGGAGAAAUUGUCUCUUGAUUUAUUACCACCCUAACGAUGAUACGACUGCUACUUUAUCAUUUUUUAUUACCCGAAAUGUACCUUCGUGUACACAUAGUAAAGCGGCAUGGGAAAUUGUUUAAUUCGGUACAACAACAAGGUACAAGAACGUCCUAUAUCACCUUAAGACCGCAUCAAUGACUGAUGACUUAAAUCAGAAAAAAUUAAACCUUAGUCCAGGCGGUCGAAACUAAAAAAGCUUUUACAGGAGAUUUCCGACUCGAAAAUCCCCUGACGCCUGUACUCACCUGUUCUCCAUUCGGGUUUUUAGUGAAAAAUAUGAAUGAAGGGCUGCAAAUAAUGGAAACCCACUCAAUUAUCAUUAAUGGCUGUAUCAAUAGGUGUAUCGUUGUAUAAUAAAUUAGUUUGGUAAAAAUGUUA